AUGGAAGAAACCAAUCCCCUAAACCCAAAACAGAGAAGGAAAAGGGCACUUUCAGAAGGAAGGGCAGUGACAGCUCCACGUCUGCAAAACUCGGCGCCGGGAGGCGCCGGCGGGGACGCUGCGGCGGCGGCGGCGGGCGCGGAGGAGGACGCCGGGGCCGGGACCACCACGCUGGGGGACAAUAGACCGAGAGAGGGGAGCGGAAGAGAGAAGAGAGGCAGCGGCUAUACUUGGCCCCUCUCGCUAGUGGGGGCUCCAAAAAGUCUCGGGAAGGGCAGCGGGUGGCAGGUGGGCCCGGCCGCCGCCCCUCGCAGGGCCACGUCGCCCGCCCCGGCCGCUGCCGCGGGGCCCCUCGCGUAG